AUGUGCAAUUUCGCAGAAAUCGUGAUUCCAAUCCGAUGCGAAUGGUGCAACUGGCUGAGAAAGGCACCGGAGCUGCUGAAUCCGUCCUGUGGGCGGGUCGAUGGGAGCUGA